AUGGAUUCCCUCCGAGUUCGACGUAAGGCAGCGCCUGCUUCGGUCAGUACGAAGAACCAUGAAUAUUUCUAUCCUGCAAAGGAAGUCGCAAACCGCCGGUAUUCGGAUACAACGGACUUCGACGACACCGAUUUCGAAGCCAGCGAUUCGGAUGAAGAAUCUCUGCAACAGAGUCUCCAGUCGCUCGCCUAUGAUAGUAACACUACCCUUUCCUCUCCUGAAUUGCCCACACCAGAUGAAGCCCACCAGAAUAUGGCCAACAUCCGUUUCGAGAAAGGAACAGUGCGAGGUCCUAACGGUCCUCACCUGUUCCGAAGCUCGAGUGGCUCGACAAUUUAUGAGCCAUCCACCGCAGAAAUCGAUCUUUACUUCGAGCGAUCGCCUUUGCAAAGCGAGUUCUCGCGGUCGGUAGAUACUCCCAACCGUUUCCCAUUCUCUCCCAAGACCCCAAAGGCCUUGACAACCGUCCACCCCGAUGUCUCGCAACUCACAGAGGAGGAGAUCCGCAACUGGAAGCCAAGCCAGGUUGCCCACUGGUUGUAUAUCGCUGGUUACAAUGAUGCUGUCAUUGAGAGGUUCAUUGUCAACGAUAUUGCCGGCUCUGUUCUUCUCAGUAUCCAGAUCGAUGACCUCAAGGAACUCAGUAUUCAUUCCUUCGGAAUGCGUCACCAAAUCAUGGCCUCAAUUGAGCAUUUGAAAACUACAAUGCAGACGGGAGUUUUGCCACCAACUCCCGAGCCUCAAAUGCCCGAGUUCCCUGAGAGAUAUGCCACUGACCGCUUGUCCCCUGAACGCCGGUCUCCUGGUCGCCAGUCCCCUGAGCGACGCUCUUAUACGGCUUCCGUGUCCCCAAAUGGCGAGAUUCUCUCCAACCGUGCAUAUGGACAAACAAGCAACGUUCUCGGUAGUCAAAUUACACCAGCAGAGUCCGUCUCGAUUGUGGGCAUUGAGCAAGUUCUUCCCAAGCCACACAACUGCUCCAAGGGUGAGAAAUGCUCCAAGUUCAAGAGACAACAGCGCAUGUUGGAAAAGCUUGCCGCCGAGUUCCCCGACGGUGUGAUUCGUGAGGGUGCCAUUAUUGCUGGAAGCCCCGGAAAUCCACUCACGGCCAAGAACAUGCUGCGCCCAAACUCCAGCGAGCCUUCGGUUGUGGCCUCCUCGGACAUUUUUGGUCCAGGGCCAGCCCCUGGACCCAAGCUUUCCGAGGAAGCGUUGAGCGAAAUUCAGAAGCUGGAUCCCCAGGAGACCAUUCGGAACUUCCUCAGCUACCAACACGUGGAUACUCAGUCCAGGCGUGCGCUACCAGAGCUAGAGACCUCCAAUCUGCCUCCUCAAGAUUACAUGGUUGAUCUUUCACCACCAACUUUCCAGUCGCACAACAUGGCAGCAAACCUCCGAAACCUGCCCAAGUUGACCAUUCCCACAAGCCCAAACACAGAAGACAUGACUACUGCGGUCACUACAAACCGAUCCAUGACCCCCACUCAGCCUUCUGAGGCAUAUGGCUCCCCCACUGCGGUCCAGCGAUAUGGUCCCUUCACUCAGACUAUGGACCCGAUUGAUCACUACCGCCAGGGUACUCCAUUCUCGGAGAUGGAUGUUCCUAUCACAGCGAUUCCCAAUGACCCAAUCGCUCGUGAAACCUCCCAGUCGGUUCCUCCCAGCAUGCAAUACGGAACUUUGUUCCCACCAUACCGGGACCCGAUUGCACGCAGCACGUCGGCUCGUCCUCGUGCUCCUCAGAGUCUCCAACGGGUUCAAGAGGGCAGGCCCCUCGCUCCCAUCGAGACUCCAGCGGAUCUUAUCCGCAGUCCCCGCAUGCAGCAGCAUGGUUACAGCUCUUCCCAAUCGUCUCACUCAUCUCUGGCCUCGGACCCAGAGGUAACCCAGAGCGGUUAUAUGAAGAAGCGCAAGACCACCCGCCUCCUUCGCCAUGAAUGGCAAGAUGCUCAUUUCACUCUGCGAGGAACUAAUCUGGCCAUGCACAAGGACGAGCGAGAUGCCCACCGCGACUCGCGUGCCCUCGAGAUCAUUGAUGUUGACGACUAUGCUGUCGCAUGCUCGUCGGUUGCUACCAGCUCUAAGCUGACAGCAGCUUUCAAGAAGUCAGUCCUUCGCAAUGGCAAUGGCAUGGGCGGAGCCCGCAAUGAGCCCGCUUUUGCCUUCUCCCUUGUUCCUUCUGCCAAGGAGGGCGAGAGGAAGGCUUUGUUCAGCCACAAUGGUGCCAAGUCGCACCACUUCGCUGUGAAGAGCCGCGAUGAACGCAUCGAGUGGAUGCGCACCGUGAUGAUCGCCAAGAUCGCCGGUCGAAAGGGUCAGGGCGAAGAAAUUUCAGUCAACGGCAACCCCAUCUAA